AUGGCCCUGGCUUCACGUCAAGGCUCUGGUCGCAUGGCCCAGGUCUUGUCUGCCGCUGGCUUGCAGGUUGCCGUGUCUUCGCCGAAGCUGGCAGCACCCACCACGGCGAUGCCGGACGUCGAUGCGGACGCCAGGAGGGAAUUGGAGAAGGUGGAGGCCAACGCGAAGCCAACUCCCAUCCCAGUCCACAAAGCCUAUUCCAUGAGUGGCGAGAACAAGGUCUUUGCAGAGAAGCAGGGGCUGGAGUGCGACGCACUGCUUUUCAAGGUGGACUUGAAGCGAGAUGAGAUGCGCUUCUACCACCUGCAGUUGAUCCACGAGACGAACAAAGACCUCUUCGUCCUCUUUACGCGCUGGGGUGAGAUUGGAGAGACAGGCGCGUUCCAGCGAACACCGGCCGCCAACAAGGAGGAGGGGCUCAAGGACUUUGGCAAGGUCUUCAAAGAGAAGACUGGCAACGUUUGGGACCCCACGGGCGAGACAUUCGAGAG